GAAGUAAGAUAGCGGCGCAGAACAGUAUGUGGUUUGAACCGCGUUAUAUUCUAUAGAUAAUUUGGCAAGUAGCCGAUAUUAGCAGCUAGAACUAAUAAAUAUUCAUUUAUAUUCAAACGGACUAGGGGGUUUUCCUCUCAGUGAGCCAAAAUGCUUCCGCUGUCUUUACUGAAAACAGCCCAGAACCACCCUAUGCUGGUGGAGUUGAAAAAUGGGGAGACGUACAACGGUCAUCUGGUCAGCUGUGACAACUGGAUGAACAUCAAUUUAAGAGAAGUCAUCUGUACCUCCCGGGAUGGAGAUAAGUUCUGGAGGAUGCCUGAAUGCUACAUCCGAGGAAGCACCAUCAAGUACCUGAGGAUCCCGGACGAAAUCAUCGACAUGGUGAAAGAGGAAGUCGUUUCCAAGGGCCGUGGCCGUGGCGGCAUGCAGCAGAAUAAACAGCAGGGAAAGGGCAGGGGAGGCGGAGCUGGACGAGGUGUGUUUGGUGGCCGGGGAAGAGGCAUGCAAGGAGCUGGCCGCGGACAGCCACAAGACAAAAAGCCAGGAAAACCACAGGGUGUCAAAAACCAGCACUGAACACCAACGCAGUACCUCAUUUUUCCUCUCUUUUAGCGUUUUCUGUUUCUCACCAGAUGAAUAACACAACACUUUAAGAAACCUUAUUCCCCAUCCACUGAGUCAAAAUAAUUACAUACAUCAUUUUCGUCACCAUUUUCAUGCAGAUUGCUUUAAACAAAUACGAUCCUUUAUGAUUAGAAUUCUGUUUAAAAACCCCACCUAGUCCCUAUGAUGUAAAAAAAAACAAAAGAUUAUUUUGAUCUCUAUUCUCAAUUUCAUAAGCGAUCAAGCUGCAGAUAAAAAUAAGUUCUGAUCGUUUAAAUAUUGGAUGCCGAGAAAUCACAAGUUUGGGUUAGACAGUGAAUCUAGAAAAUGGCGUCCAUUUUGCCUCAAUGGUUUGUUUUCCUUUAGGUUUUGGGUUCAGGUUUUUCCUGCCUGGUUUGUCUUUUCUUUUCUUUUUUUUGCUGUAAAUUAUUUGCAGUAGACUUAAUAAAUAUUGUUUUGUUAA